UAAUUUGUCAAACACGUGUAUACUUUGUAAUUUGUAAAAUAAUGAAUAAAAAGAAUAUUCGACCAAAAUCGGAAGGUUUGAUCAAGCACAUUUCACAACCGUUGAAUGUCAAACAUGGCCUUCAUAUAAGUAAAGCAUCAGUCGAGGAAACUUCUGUACGUAUAGGACAUCAAGCAGCUUCACCGCCAGCCCCGUGCCCUGGUAACAAGGAUGAUGUAGACCAAAUUACGUUUCAGGAGCAUGUCAUAUCACGAGUGCUCAGAGAGGAGAUAAUCCCGGCUCUACGUUUUGAGAUAAGUGAUAUUGUAGAAGAAAAGAUUAAAAAUGUUCACAAUGAACACGUUACAACUACAGAACAUUAUCACUGUAAAUCAUGCACGUGCGAUGAACUGACACAACCGCAGAUUCCCGCCCAGAAGUUGGAGGAUAGUCCGAAACCAUGUGCAUCCAUAUUUCUCGAACAAAGUCACAUACUCAACGACGCACGUAAAGAAAAUAUAUCAACAGUAACAGGUAUUGAGUUAACAGGAGAAAAAAGGGAACAAUUUAAGAAGAAAUGUUUUAGUAAUCCAUAUAUAAUCUUAAAGGUCAAAUAUUACUGA